AACAAAACAAAAGCCAAAUGAAAUCUGAUUUCAAGUCCGUUUCUGAAAAUUGCAAGGAAGACGGAGAUUGAGAGGCUGGCUCUUGAGUGGCUCGAAGCUCCUUUGCGGUGGUGCCUAGGAUAAGAAAUACGAAAGGCUGAGGGACGCAUAGCUCGCCCGUCUGUUUCUCUACUCGCCCUGGAUGGGCCAGUCAACUUCGACGGCUGCAAUCUCCAGCCGCCGCGAAAGCAUUCAAAGCCAUCGGUCCAAGGCCAAAUCAUCGGCCCUGAUCUCCCCGAUGCACACAGACGAUGUUGAAGACUUCGAGUGGAUCGUCGAUGGAGGCACCGACUACAUCUCCGAACUGCCAGACGAGUGCCUGGCUUGCAUUUUCCAGUCUCUCGGCUCCGGCGACCGCAAACGCUGCUCUCUCGUCUGUCGCCGGUGGCUCCAGAUCGAGGGACAGAGCCGUCACCGUCUCUCCCUCAACGCCCAGGCAGAUCUCCUCUCUAAGAUCCCUUCCCUCUUCUCCCGAUUCGAUUCCGUCACCAAACUCGCCCUGAAAUGCGACCGCAGAUCCGCGAGCAUCGGCGACGAGGCGCUCAUCCUCAUCUCGCUCAAAUGCCGCAACCUCAUGCGCCUAAAGCUCCGAGCCUGUCGCGAGUUGACUGAUGCCGGUAUGGAGGAAUUCGCGAAGAACUGCAAGGGUUUGAAGAAGCUCUCGUGUGGAUCUUGCACCUUCGGAGCCAAGGGAAUGAACGCUGUGCUCGAUAACUGCUCGGCUCUCGAAGAGCUAUCCGUGAAGCGCUUGCGUGGCAUCACCGAUGGUGCCGCGGCUGAGCCGAUUGGCCCUGGCGUAGCUGCUUCAUCGCUCAAAACGAUUUGCCUGAAGGAGCUCUACAAUGGACACUGUUUUGGUCCUGUGAUUAUAGGCGCCAAGAAUUUAAGAACAUUGAAGCUCUUCAGGUGCUCCGGCGAUUGGGAUAAGCUUCUCCGAGUUAUGACGGAUCGUGCCUCUAGCUUAGUCGAAAUUCAUCUCGAGAGGAUUCAGGUCAGCGAUCUCGGUCUCGUGGCGAUCUCCAGUUGUUUGGAUCUGGAAAUUCUGCACCUCGUUAAGACCCCGGAGUGCACGAACGUCGGGCUCGUAUCGCUCGCGGAGCGUUGUAGGCUCUUGCGGAAGCUUCACAUUGACGGAUGGAAGGCGAAUCGGAUAGGCGACGAGGGCCUAAUUGCCGUCUCGAAAGGUUGUCCCAACCUUCAGGAGCUGGUUCUCAUAGGUGUGAAUCCCACAAAACCGAGUUUGGAAUCUUUAGCAUCGAAUUGCAAGAACCUAGAGCGCUUAGCUUUAUGCGGAAGCGAUACUGUUGGUGACGCCGAGAUUUCGUGCAUUGCUGCGAAAUGCGUAGCGUUGAAGAAGCUUUGUAUAAAGAGUUGCCCGGUUUCAGAUCAAGGCUUGGAAGCCCUUGCGGGCGGGUGCCCGAAUUUGGUGAAAGUGAAGCUCAAGAAGUGUAGAGGAGUAACGGCCGAGGGCGCUGACUGGUUGAAGGCAAGUAGGGAAUCCCUUGCCGUGAAUUUAGAUACUGGUGAGCCUGAGCAUCAGGAUGCGAGUGCGAGUGACGGAGCACAAGAAAAUGCCGUCGAAUUUCCGCCUCCAGUGCCCAGUCAAAUGGCAGCGGCGGCCAGUAUUGCGUCGAGCAGUUCCGGUCGAUCGAGUUCGUUGAAGUCUAGGUUAGGGCUUUUAACUGGGAGGGGCUUAGUGGCUUGCACUUUGAGAAGGUGGACAAGUGGUAGCGGCAGUGCCCGGGGUAGUUAGAUAAGGAAUCUGAGCAAAAAGUUUCAGAAUUGAAUAGCAUGCUUGCUCUUGGCUCUGUUUACAUUGUUUUGCGUUGUAUUACUUGAUUCCGUCUUUUCUUUU